AUGAUAUCAUCGGCGUGUCGUGGCAGCCUGAAAUCCCUCUGUAGCGUCCAACUGAGGAGCAAUACUCGCCAACAUGCGUCGUUGAUCAGCUGUAACAAUUCUCCUAACGUGAAGAGAUUUUCUACUGCCUUUAGCAGUCAGACAGACGGAGAGGUCUUGACUGUCGGUGGCGCUCUCUCAGGGGAAGAACCCAUACACGAGACAGGAGAAUGGGCCGGCUGCAAGAGAAGCUUUAUGAUACCAAUAAGGAUUUCGGUCCGUGGCACCGAUAUCCUGCUUGAUCCUUUAUACAACAAAGGAACUGCGUUUAAAACGGGUGAACGCGAUCGUCUUCGAUUUCGCGGUAUGCUUCCACAUCGUAUUAUGAACAUCCAUUUGCAAAAAGAGCGAUUCCUGCAGGCCUUACGCGCUGAAGAUAGCAACAUUCGUAAGAACGUCAUGCUCGAAGACCUACACGAUCGCAAUGAAACCCUUUACCAUCGGGUAUUGGUCGAUCACAUUGAGGAGAUGGCUCCUUAUAUUUACACACCUACCGUUGGGCAGGCUUGUAUGGAGUUCGCGACACGGUAUCGUCGUCCGCGGGGUAUGUACUUCACAGAAGAAGAUCGGGGUCAUAUGGCCGCGAUGGUUUACAACUGGCCGCACCGGGAUGUCCACGUGAUUUGUGUGACGGACGGCAGUCGUAUCCUUGGUCUUGGUGAUCUGGGUGCCAACGGUAUGGGAAUUCCAAUUGGGAAACUAGCCUUGUACUGUGCUGCCGGUGGGAUUGCACCACAUCGGGUGUUGCCGGUUGUUUUUGAUGCUGGGACCAACAAUGAAGCUCUGUUACAGGACAAGUAUUAUCUCGGUGUGCAAAGGAAACGAUUGAAAGGUGCAGCUUACUUCCGUAUGAUGGAUGAGUUCAUGGAUGCGGUUCGCUUUCGAUGGCCCAAUGUAUUGGUGCAGUUUGAGGAUUUUUCGAGCGAAGUCGCCCAAACCCUACUGGAUCGCUACAGAGACGAUCAUCUUUGCUUUAACGAUGAUAUACAGGGAACGGGUGCAACCACGCUUGCGGGUGUACUUGGAGCUCUUCGCGCCAAGGGGGAAGAGGUUACAUCUUUAGGUGAUCAACGUAUUGUCAUUGCUGGUGCGGGUAGUGCCGGUAUAGGUAUCGCCCAAGUCUUGAUGCAAGCAAUGGAAGAGCAAGGACGGACACCAGAGGAAGCCAAGAACGCAUUCUAUAUUCUCGAUCAGAACGGGCUUCUGGGUACUGACCGUGCCAACGACUUAAAUGCUGAACAGCGCGUGUUUGUGAGAUCUGCCGACAACAACCUGUCGCUGAUGGAUGUGGUAAAAAAAUACAAACCUACGAUCCUUCUCGGCGUUACAACAGUCGGUGGAUUGUUCACUGGAGACCUAAUUCGGGAGAUGCACUCUAGUUGCGAGCGCCCUAUAAUAUUUCCGCUUUCCAACCCGACAAACAAGGCUGAAUGUACAGCAGAGCAAGCUUACGAAUGGACAAACGGACAAUGCAUCUUUGCAUCGGGGUCGCCAUUCGAUACGAUCGAGUUCGAAGAUGGCCGCGUUUUCUAUCCCUCCCAAUGCAACAACAUGUAUGUAUUCCCGGGUCUGGGGCUGGGAGCAUCAGUUUGCGGUGCUCAAAAAGUUACAGACCGCAUGCUCUACGUCGCAGCAGAAACGUUGGCUAAUUUUGUUUCCAAAAAGGACAUGGAGGAGGGGCGUCUUUUUCCUCAACUGACAAGAAUUCGUGAGGUCUCGCACCGUAUUGCCGUAGCAGUUGUGGAGGAAGCCCUGCGGGAGGGCUUGGCGACAAAGGUAAAACCUGCCGAUGCCAAUGAUCUGGAUUCUUUUGUUGGGCGAAAAAUGUACUUCCCCGAGUAUGUUCCUUUGGUGGAAAAACGAGAAAUAUCAAUCUAG